GAUGUGAUCUUACAUCAAUAGCUUUUGGCGGUAAACAAUUGAAACAACCACUGCAUUUAAUCAUCAAUUUAUUUUCAUUUUGUGAUCUGUUUACUUAAUUAUUUACUGUUUUAAAAUCGAAUUCAAAAUGGGCAAUGAUGCGCUCGAUAUGUUACCUUUAUACUACAAAAUACUUUUCCCAAGUAAACUCUUUGUUAGGUGGUUAAGUUACAGCGAAUCUGAUGAGACCUAUUUCAAGAGACGUGAACUUUCCUUCACUUUGGCCGGAGACAUCUAUUUGCGAUAUCAAAGUUUCCCAGAUGAUACUGAACUGGUCAAAGCCCUUCUGUCCAAACUUCCCGUUAAAAUUGAUAUUGGUGCGGUGUUUAAUAAAGAGCCUCGGGAUAAUCGGAAAACUAUGGAUGUUUUGAUACCACUUGAAAGAGAAUUGAUUUUUGAUAUUGAUAUGGACGAUUAUGACGACAUAAGAACUUGUUGUAAAGGUCCAGAAAUUUGCAAAAAUUGUUGGAGAUUUAUAGUCAUUGCUGCCAAGAUUUUGAAUGCUGCUCUAAUCGAGGAUUUUGGUUUCAAAAAUAUUCUUUGGGUUUAUUCUGGUCGUCGAGGUAUUCAUGGUUGGAUUUGUGACAAGCGAGCUAGAAGAUUAACCACUGAAGCAAGAUCAGCCAUAGUCGAUUACUUAUCUCUCAUUGAAGGUGGGGAAUUCAAGAGCAAAAGGGUUACUCUGCCUGCCAACAAAAAUCUUCAUCCAAGUAUUACACGAGCUCUGGAUAUUAUUGAGAAGGAAUUUGAAGAUUUCAUGGUAAAGGAUCAAAAAAUUUUCGAUACAGUUGAAAGUGCUUCAAAAAUAGUUGAUCUUUGCACAGAUCCUGAACUUAAAACAAGUUUAAGAAACAAAGUUUUGAAAACACCACAUCGUACUGGCUUAGAGCGUUGGAAAUGCUUGGAGAAAGCGGUUGAACUUCAUGUGAAAGAAAGAAAUUAUACAAGAACUCAUGCAAGAUAUUUCCUUGACGAAAUAAAACUUCAGUUGUGCUACCCACGACUUGAUGUGAAUGUAAGUCGAGGAAUAAACCAUUUACUGAAAGCUCCAUUUUGCGUUCACCCUAAAACCCACCGAGUUUGUGUUCCAGUUGACAUUGCAAACAUAAAAAAAUUCGACCCAUUCACAGUCCCAACCAUCGAUCAACUGUUGAGCCAAAUAGAUGCUCACGACGCAUUACAACCUGAAGAAAAAGAUAACAAGGAAAGUUAUGCAAAAACAGAUUUGGCCCAAUCAAUUGGUUUGUUUCGCAAAUUCGUGGUUCUUUGUGAAAAAGAAGCAAUCAUGCAGCGAUCGUCAGAACAACGAUCAACAGAAUCUUUAACCUGGUGAAAAGGCAAAAUUUUUAUAAACUCGAAAUAUUUCUAUAAUCGUUGAAAUUUUAAUAAACAAUCGACAUUACUUUUAUUUCCA